AUGCCAACGAUACAAAGUGCAGAACAACAAACAACAGUGCCUGUGGAUCCAGCAUUAACACAGCUGUUCAGAGUUUACGGCUGCCCCCGGGCCACGAGGAGAAGGAGUCUAGACAUACAGACCCUGGACACCUCCCCCAAGAGGAGCACCUACAUAGAUGACAUGGACAACUCCACCAUGGAGGAGUGCUACGAGACCGACGGCACCGAGGAGAUGGACGACCGGGAGCAAGAGGAGGAGGAAGGAGCAGCCGAGGAUCAGGAGGAGGAGGAGGAUGUGGAGGUGGAGCAAGAAGAGGAGGAAGAGGGUGAUGACGAGAGGUUGCAGGAGGCGGAGGACGCGGUAGAGGAAGUGGACUAUGAAGAGGAGGACGAGGACGAAGAGGAGGAGGAUGAGGAGGAGGAGGAGGAAGAAGAAGAAGACGAAGAAGAAGAAGAAGAAGAAGGGGAGCAGAGUCAAGGGCAAGGCGGCGGCGCCAAAUCUGGCCCCGCGACGGAGAAGGACAACAACAACAACGAGGAGUACGAGAACUACGAUGAACUCGUGGCCAAGUCGCUCCUCAACCUGGGCAAGAUCGCAGAGGACGCCGCCAAUCGAGCCAUGACGGCCUCGGAGAUGAACAGCAACUCCUCGAACAGCGAGGAGGAAGAGGAGGAUGAAGAAGAGGGAGCAGAAACACAGAGGAGGGAUCUGAGUUUGGACAUUGACAGCGAUGUGGUCCGGGAGACGGUGGACUCCCUUAAACUUCUGGCACAAGGCCACGGCACAGUAUUGUCUGACAAUUUAGACGGACAGGAGUUUGGGGACGGCCAGAACGAAUGUGGUCACAGCGCACACGGUGGGAAUGGACAAGUUAAGAUCAACAGUCAUGGACAAAUCGAAAACAGCGACGAAGAAGUGUGUCUGAGCAGUCUGGAGUGCCUACGGAACCAAUGCUUCGACUUGGCUCGCAAGCUCAGCGAAACCAAGUCCACCGACCGAAAUGGGCCGUCCCAGCAAAACCAUUUCUCAUGCGGGGAUCCCAAUCAACAGGCCCAGCACCACGGCUACGGGGAAUUCCACCACAGCCAAGACAGGAACUAUUCCGACAUGGACAAUCUCAUGAAGCUGGAGGAGCAGCUGAGCCCGCGCUCCAAGGCCUUUGCCAGUUGCGCACAGGACAACAACCGCUACCACAGCAACCUGCGGGACUUCGACGAGGACACGGCCUCCGUGACGUCGGACCGAUCGGAAGAAGUGUUCGACAUGACGAAGGGCAACCUGUCCCUGUUGGAGAAAGCCAUUGCACUAGAGUCGGAACGCGCCAAGGCCAUGCGGGACAAAAUGGCCGCCGAGGCCGCCAGGAGAGACGGGGUGAGGUAUAGCCACGAAGACCAUGGCCCGCGGCAUGGCUACGGCGUGGAGCGUAAAGCCCGGCUUCCUGACGGCAUGAAGAAGCCGUUCUACCAUAAAGACGCCUCGCGCGCCGACAAGAAGGAGAGUCGGUGUCCGACGCCGGGCUGCGACGGCACGGGUCACGUCACGGGCCUGUACCCCCACCACCGGAGCCUGUCCGGCUGUCCGCACAAAGACCGGGUGCCACCAGAAAUCGUGGCUAUGUAUGAGAAUGUUCUUAAGUGUCCCACGCCUGGCUGCACCGGACGCGGCCAUGUCAAUAGCAACAGAAACUCCCACAGAAGUCUGUCGGGAUGUCCCCUCGCUGCAGCCGAGAAGCUGGCCAAAGCCCAGGAGAAGCACCAGGGCUGCGAUGUCCCCAAGUCCAACCAGGCCUCUGACCGAGUCUUAAGGCCUAUGUGCUUUGUCAAACAACUGGACUAUCCACAGUAUGGUGACAAGAACAAUGUUUCCACCAGCACGCCCCGCUCCAACUUGGCCAAGGAGCUGGAGAAGUACUCCAAGACCAGCUUCGACUACAGCGCCUUCGACGGCAGCAACAGCCACCAGGCGUACGGCAAACGGGCCAUCGCACCCAAAGUCCACGGGCAGAGAGACUCCUCCCCCAAAGGACACGACGCCAAGCGCUACUGCAAGACCUCCAGCUCGGCCAGCAGCACCACCAGCACCUACGCCCCCAGCAGCAGCAGCAGCAGCCUGAGCUGCAGAGGAGGAGGAGGAGGGGGCCCGGAAGGCGGCCGGGGGGGCGGGGGCAGCAGCGCCAGCAGCACUUGCAGCAAGAGCAGCUUCGACUACAGCCACGACAUGGAGGCCGCCCACAUGGCGGCCACGGCCAUCCUCAACCUGUCCACGCGCUGCCGGGAGAUGCCCCACGGGAUGGCGGGGAAGCCCCAGGACCUGUGCUCGCAGAGCCCGGGUCAAGACGUCGAUGAGAACGGGACGUUGGACCUGAGUAUGAGCAAGCGUCUGUGCAGCGGCGGCGGAGGAGGGGACUCGGUGCUCACCCCUCUGGAGCCCAUGUCCCCCCAGAGGCAGGCCGCCCUGCUGGGCUCCCGCUGCUACGGCAUGGGGGACGCCGCCGACUGCUGGGACCUCCCAGUAGACUACACCAAGAUCAAACACAUCGACGAGGACGAGAAAGAGCCGGACGACCUGGACCCCUUCCACGACCUGCUGGACGAGCGCUCCUACACCGCUGACAUCAACAUGCCCAGCCCCAAGCCCAAGUACGCCCACUGCAAGGAGAGCAAGAAGGACCUGAUCACUCUCUCAGGUUGUCCUUUAGCUGAUAAAAGCAUUCGAAGUAUGCUGGCCAACAACGCACAAGAGCUCAAGUGCCCGACACCAGGGUGCGACGGUUCGGGACAUAUCACUGGCAACUACGCCUCACACAGAAGUCUCUCUGGGUGUCCGCGGGCCAGGAAAAGUGGGAUAAAGAUCGUCCACAGCAAAGAGAACAAGGAGGACCAGGAGCCAAUCAGGUGUCCGGUGCCGGGGUGUGAUGGACAGGGCCACGUGACGGGGAAGUACGCGUCUCACAGAAGUGCAUCGGGGUGCCCAAUAGCAGCCAAGAGGCAAAAGGACGGCUACCUAAACGGCAUCCAGUUCACGUGGAAGUCCGGAAAGACGGAGGGCAUGUCCUGCCCCACGCCGGGCUGCGACGGCUCGGGUCACGUCAGCGGCAGCUUCCUGACACAUCGGAGUCUGUCCGGUUGUCCACGUGCCACCUCGGCCAUGAGGAAAGCCAGGCUCUCCGGGGUGGAAAUGCUAACAAUAAAGCAGCAGCACGGCGGCAACGGACUGGAGCACGAAGAGGACAUCAAACAGCUGGAUGAAGAAAUCAAAGAUUUAAGUGAAUCAAACUCACAGGUGGAAUCAGACAUGAUCAAACUCAGAACACAGAUCACAACAAUGGAGUCCAGCCUGAAGUCCAUAGAGGAGGAAAACAAGAAACCACUGGCGCACAAAGAGCCUCCUCUGAGGAACAACAGUUGCUUACAGCUGCACCAGCAAGAGCCGAUAAGUGAGCAGAACUUUGAUACCUACGUCACCACCCUCUCGGAUAUGUACUCGAACCAGGACCAGUACCAGAGCCCAGAGAACAAAGUCCUGUUGGAGAACAUCAAGCAGGCUGUUCAAGGGAUUCAAGUGUAGCCGGUCAGCAAAGACAUGUGGUCCCCCAGCAGGUGUGGGCCACAAAUCAAAUCCACAUACACACAGGCAGUGAUGGCUUGGUAUUAUAUAGUGUUAUAUAUUCUAAAUUAUGCUCUCUCAACAAAAAAACUAAACAAGAGGUGCGAUGCUGAGAAAAAGACCUCCAGAGGAUUUCUUUCUUUCCUUUUGCUUUGAGGAAGAACACAAAAAGAGUCGGCGGCAAAAUAGUUUUUCGAGGACAUUCACAUUUUGUACGUUUUCAUAUGAGCUGACAUUGUGUCAUGUAAUGUUUAUAUCUGCUCGUGUAUGCACAUUUUUAGUGUAUAUUUCUGAACAGUAAGCUAAUGAUAAUGGGAUGUGAGAUCUUUUUAUGGCUUGACGGCGAAGCAUUUUAAAUGAAGAAAAAACAAAAACUGGACAGUGAAAUAAAAAUGAAAAAAGACUACAAGCAAGGAGGAAGCUACUUAUUUUCCCUCCUCACUGGAUGAUUUUGGACUGCGAUUUUCAAUGUUUUCUUUUCUUCUACUUCUUCUUCUUCUUCUUCUUCUUCUUCUUCUUCUUCUUCUUGCGUGUAGAUUGUCCAAGAGCAAGAACUAGUUUGCAAAUCGCUUUAUUUUCUGACAAUGCUUAAGAAACGUUUGUGUUUUUGUUUUGAUGAAGAACACAAAAAAGAAAAAAAGAAGGAAAAAAAAGACGUGUAGCUGUAGGUGGGGGCAUUUUAAAACUGGUGCUGUAAAUGAAUCCGGAGAAGAAACUGACCUGAUGUAUGUAUGAAUGUAUGUAUGAAUAGUUCUAUUGUAAACAUCAUUACACGGAAACCCGAUGGUGGAAAAUCCCAUGAUCCCAGGAGAGCCAAUUCCUUCCUAGAGGAACCCAUGUGUGCAGCGCAUGUUCACGUGCUCAUCCGAAGCUAAGCUCAAACAGAAGGACGUGUUAAGACAAUGACCACAUUCUAGCCUUCCGGUGUCAAAUCUGCACAAUUUGGAGACUCGCGUUGCUCGGAUAAAGAAACGUCUCAGCAAUAUAAAACCUAAAUCAGUCGUGUAUCGUAGGUACGGAAUGCAAUCUGCAAAGGAUAAUAGAAAAAAGAGAAGAAAAAAAAGGUUGGGUAUAUGCAAUUCCUUGUUUAUAAGCAUAGCGGGGUAACGUGAAUCUUUUUAAUAUAGUAAUAUGUAAAAUAUUGAUUUUUAUACAAAUCUUUUAAAAAAAAAAAAUCUUUUAAAAAAAGGAGGGAACCUGGACAUUGAGUUUUAGAAGGGAAAAGUAUAUGAGUUCCACUUUUUUUGUCUGUACGAUUUUGCACAGGGACACCUUCGUUUCCAUGUUCUGAUGUUCUCACAGAAGCUGAAAGCAGUGCCCAAGAGCCUAAACGGAGGGUUUCAGAGGGUUUUGUAAAGAGUAUUUAUAAGAGUAUGACAGCGGGACUUACAGGGUCACUGUCCCCACUUAUGUGCCAGUAGACUAUUUGCACUUGUCCUUGAAGAUAUUACCCUUGCGUACGGCGGCGUGCAAUUUUUUUUCCAGACGACCUCUUUGGCACACGAUUGGAGCAACCAACUGCUGGGAGCCACUGCAGGCAUGGAUAUAGUACCACCGAGAGAGAGAGACAGGGACUUGGAAUCGAGAGAGGAAGGAUGAUUAUCACCACAGCAGUGAUAUACUGUCGGCUAUUAUCAAGUGUAAAAACAUUGUACUUUCAUUUUUUUGCGUAUGUUUUAAGGACGAUGAAGUUAUCUCCCCAGCAGCACUUUAUAUCUAAUCACUGUACAAAGGAUUAAAUAGUCAAUCAGUUCAAGGUUUUUGAAAAGAAAAAAGAGAAGAGGAAAAAAGAAGCUGAAGAGAUGGUGAGACGAGACCUUGGAGGGGUGAUGCGAUCCAGACCGCGUGCGCCCCUCCGUUCUGUUGUUCAAGUCACUAGCGAUCAUGUUCAGAAUUGCCUUUUUCCCGAGAACUAAUGCAAAAGGUGCUUGUCGUUCACCUGAUUGAAUCUCAUCUAUUGUACUUUACUGUCCUCCUUUCGGGACUCUUACUACCCAUCAUCCAUGACUGCAUACGCCUUUUUCCACAGCAUCGUGUCUGCAGCUUUUUUGCCAAUAUCGUAACGCUUCGGUAGAUAAAUAGCUAGUACCAGUUUUUUUAAUUGAUUCUCAUUAUCAGUAAAAAGGGAAAAAUGGAUUUCAAAGCACAAACCGGCUGCUCAUCUGAUGUUGGUACGUAAAUAACAAAUCUGAAUAGAGUUAUCUGUGACUAUCUAUAGGGAACACAAACAGGUUGUCACAUAGUUAGGAAGCUGACUUUUCAUAUGAAUUAUUGUGAAGUCAUCAAGAGUUUUAUUAUUUAAUUUGAGCCGAUUCAUUCUGAAGGUUGUUUUUUCAGUGGCCAUCAACAAAGACAGGAUUUUGUAUAAACUAUUGUGCUCUCUGUGGAACUGAAGUUUGAUUUAUUUUUGUACUACACAGCAUGGAUUUGUUGACAUUUUAAUUUUGCUAUAAAUGUGUGAGAUCACAAGUUGCUGUGAUAUUUCAUUUAUAAAUUGUGAACUUUGUACAAUUUUUGUCAUGCUGGAUGUUGACACAUCUUACUCUGAAUAAAGUUUAAAACAAAUUUAAAAAGGU